CCGGCGCCUUUGAACCCGCGGGCUGGACCCGCGCCGGCCUCUCCGGAGAGCCCGCCCUGCCAUCCUCACAGUCCUAAGCCCGGAGCACCGUGGCCGCGGCAGCGAUGAUGGAGCUGUGGCUCUUGCCCGUCGGGCAGAAGCUGCUGCUCUGGAGCGCGCUGAGCGCCGUCUCGCUGGCGGGCGCCACCCUGAUCCUGCACUUCCUGCAGAUGGUGGCAAGCUACGCGCGGAAAUGGCUGCAGCUCAGGGCUGUCCCCGCGAUCGAGGGCGCCUUCCCCGUGGUGGGCCACGCGCUGAUGAUGAAACCCGACGCGAGAGAAUUUUUUCAACAGCUAAUUUCUUACACUGAAGAGCUCCGACACGUACCGCUGCUGAAACUCUGGCUUGGGCCUGUACCUGUGGUUGUCCUCUAUAAUGCAGAGAAUGUGGAGGUAAUUUUAACUAAUUCAAGGCAAAUUGACAAGUCCUAUAUGUACAAAUUUUUAGAACCUUGGCUUGGCCUAGGACUUCUUACAAGUACUGGGAACAAAUGGCGUGCUCGCAGAAAAAUGUUAACCCCCACUUUCCAUUUUACAAUUCUGGAGAACUUCUUAGAUGUCAUGAACGAACAAGCAAAUAUAUUGGUUAAUAAGCUUGAGAGACAUGUGAACCAGGAAGCGUUUAACUGCUUCCCUUACAUCACGCUGUGUGCCUUAGAUAUCAUCUGUGAAACUGCUAUGGGGAAGAAUAUUGGUGCCCAAAGCAAUGAUGAUUCCGAGUAUGUACGUACAGUUUACAGGAUGAGUGAUGCGAUACAUCGGAGAAUGAAGAUGCCGUGGCUGUGGCUGGACGCUUUGUUCUUUUUGGUUAAAGAAGGAAGGGAGCACAAAAGGAGUCUAAAGAUACUGCAUGAUUUUACUAACAAUGUCAUCAAUGAGCGGGCCAGAGAAAUGAGGAGAGAAGAAGAAAAUCCAAGUGACCCCAAGGGCUCAGCCACCUCCUCUAAAAAUAAGCGCAGGGCUUUUCUUGACUUGCUUUUAAAUGUAACUGAUGAUCAAGGGAACAAGCUAAGUCACGAGGAUAUUCGAGAAGAAGUUGACACCUUCAUGUUCGAGGGCCAUGAUACAACUGCAGCCGCAAUAAACUGGUCCUUGUAUCUGCUGGGCUCUUACCCAGAAGUCCAGAGAGAAGUGCACAAGGAGCUGGAGGCAGUGUUUGGAAAGUCUGAGCGUCCUGCUACCUCAGAGGACCUGAAGAAACUUAAAUAUCUGGAAUGUGUCAUUAAGGAGACCCUUCGCCUUUUCCCUUCUGUGCCUCUAUUUGCCAGACACCUUAAUGAAGAUUGUGAAUUUGCGGGCUACCGAAUCGUGAAAGGUUCUCAAGCACUUGUCAUUACCUAUGCACUGCACAGAGACCCCCGCUACUUCCCAGACCCUGAGGAAUUCAAGCCAGAAAGGUUCUUCCCCGAGAAUGCCCAGGGACGCCACCCGUAUGCAUUCGUGCCCUUCUCUGCUGGGCCCAGAAACUGUAUAGGUCAGAAGUUUGCCAUAAUGGAAGAAAAGAUCAUCCUCUCCUGUAUCCUAAGGCAGUUUUGGGUAGAAUGCAACCAGAAACGAGAAGAACUUGGACUGGCAGGAGAACUGAUCCUUCGUCCAACUAAUGGCAUCUGGAUCAAGCUGAAGAGGAGAAACACCAGUGAUACCUAACUUAUCAUUGGGCUGUGCCCUUAUCAUGAAAGAGGUCUUUUGUGAAGAAAAACUUACAAUUUCCAGAUCAUGAGUUCAAUAUUCUUAAUUCCUAGACCUAGGUUUUCUUGUCAUCCCUUAUCUUGGUGUCAAGGCAAGUGAACUUUUCAUCACUGUUAUAGAUCUUACCCCUGUUCUUGAUCCAAGGAAUAGAGUUGACUGAUAUGGGGACCCAAACUAAUAUAUCACAAGUUUCUGAACAGAGGCAUCCCUGGAAAAAUCAAUUUCAAUAGACAGACAAAGGAUGUUAUUUAAUUGAAGUUCAGGAAUUUCUAAGAUGUUCUUACUGAUUUGGAAACCUAAGUAUACAGCUAUAAAUACACAUUUAGUUUGAAAGGUGUGUAUAAUUACUUAUAUUUGAGUUUCAAUU